AUGCUCCACCACUCGUGUCUGCAGAGCCUGGAUUUCCUCCAUUCCAAGCGGGUGAUCCACAGGGAUCUGAAGAGCUCCAACAUCCUCCUGGGCACGGACGGCUCUGUCAGGCUGGCUGAUUUUGGCCUCUGCGCUCAGCUCAGCCCUGAGCAGGACCAGCGCAGCUCCAUGGUGGGCACUGCUCACUGGAUGGCCCCAGAAGUUGUGACCAGAUCUCCUUAUGGCCCCAAGGUGGACAUCUGGGCCUUUGGCACUGUGACCAUCGAGAUGGUGGAAGGAGAACCUCCUUACUUCAGGGAAACGGCGCGAAACUGUCUAAAACCUGAAGAUGAUUGUUUAACAUCCUCAUAG